UCCUCUUGUGACGGUCACAACAUGAGAGCCCACUCGCAUCUCCUUCAUCCAAAACUCAGAUUCAACAUGAAGAAACUGGAAGACAACAUCUUGUUUAAGAUCUCAGGUAUGAUGAAGCUCACAAUAACAUUCGCCACAUGCUUAGUACUUUCAAUGGUGCUACUACUACCAUCUUACAACAUCUCCAACCUUCACAAGUCUCAUCUUACAACCACAGGAGGCCUUCUUGCAACAGGUUUUGAUGAGGAAUCUUGCUUGAGUAGGUACCAUCAAUCAUCUUUACGCAAACCUUCACCAUUCAAACCAUCUACAAACCUUGUCUCUAAGCUAAGAAGCUAUGAGAUGCUUCACAAACGUUGCGGUCCAGGCUCAGAUGCUUACAAGAGAGCUACAAAGCAGCUUGGUAACAACAAUUUAAUAAACAGCAACGGUGGUGAUUGUCAGUACGUAGUGUGGACGCCUAUGUUUGGUCUAGGAAACAGAAUACUUUCCAUGGUCUCUGUCUUCACCUAUGCUCUUAUAACAGAUAGAGUCAUGCUUGUUGACCAAAGGAACGAUAUAACCGACCUCUUCUGUGAGCCUUUCCCCGGUACUUCCUGGUUACUUCCUUCGGAUUUUCCAUUGACUGAUCAGAUAGAUAGCUUCAACCGCACGCAUUCGCAUUGUUACGGGACCAUGUUGAAGAAUCAUACAGUUAACUCGACUACAAGACCGUCACAUCUUUAUAUUGAUAUCUUCCAUGACUCAAGGGAUCAUGAUAAGAUGUUCUUCUGUGAAGAGAACCAAUCUUUCAUCAAGAACAUCCCUUGGCUAGUAGUGAAAUCUAACCUUUACUAUGCUCCAUCUCUAUGGUUGAUACCUAGUUUUCAGACCAAACUCAUCAAGCUGUUCCCACAGAAAGACACAGUCUUCUACCACUUGAGCCAUUAUCUUUUCCACCCGACAAACCAAGUUUGGGGAAUGGUCACAAGAUCCUACAACGCUUACUUAUCAAGAGCCGACGAGGUACUCGGCCUUCAAAUAAGAGUGUUCAGCACGCCAGCUGGUUAUUUCCAGCACGUGAUGGACCAGAUCGUAUCAUGCACACAAAGAGAGAAGCUCUUGCCUGAACUAGCUACAAAGGGAUCACAAAAUAUAACGAAGACACCGAGACUCAAAGCUGUUCUCGUCGCAUCUCUUCAUCCAGAGUACUCUGAUGAGCUAAAGAACAUGUUUUUAGAACGGCCUAGUUCAACGGGAGAGUUAAUCGAAGUUUAUCAGCCAAGUGGAGAAAGGGUUCAACAAACAGACAAGAAGGUACACGACCAAAAGGCGCUCGCGGAGAUUUAUCUUCUGAGUUUAACUGAUAAGCUUGUGACAAGCACAAGGUCUACGUUUGGAUACGUAGCUCAAGGUCUAGGAGGAUUAAAGCCAUGGAUACUGUACGAGCCAAGGCACAAAAAGGCUCCUGACCCGCCGUGUGUUAGGGCCAUGUCGAUGGAGCCUUGUUCUCUUAAAGCACCAAUCUCUGCUUGUCAAGCUGAGACAAUCAAAACAACCCCUUUUGUUAAGUACUGUGAGGAUCGCAUCACAGGGAUUAAGCUAGUUGAUGAACUUUGAUAACCCUUCAU